AUGUCUGCACUGAAGAUAAGAAGGAGCAAUCAACAGAUCAAGAGAAAUACGAAGGCUCCAGAGAGCGAACAGGAGAAGCUGUAUACGGAGAGGGAUGCAUGGUGGCUAUAUUCAUUCAGGGAAUCCCCUCGUCCAGGGACCUAUAAUGUCCGUGAUUUUCUCCAAGAUGCACAACUUAAUCCUGUUAGGCAAACAUACAGCUUCAAAGGGCAAGGACGGAAAAAACCCUUGAGCACUGCUGGAUCUGGGGAAGCUUUAUUACCCGGCUGCUACAAGAUUCCAGAAUUCAGUGAUUUGGUGGAACAACUCCCACGUCUCUCUUCUUUCCGCAGCACCUCAAGAAGUGCUGCUGUCCACGGGGUGAGAGAUAAGGACGUAAACACAGAUCCCGGUCAGUAUGAUCUCAGCACUCCACCUGUAGACCAUCAUCAGUGCAAGCAUUUUAUGUUUCGAUCCGCAGCACAGAGAUUCCCCACAGUUUACUUUAUUCCUAAAGAAGGUCCAGGACCUGGCGACUAUAAUCUGAAAAGCGCCUCCUCUCCUAGUAUUUCAUCAAGCUUUAAAUCCAGUGUGCCCAGAUUCAGCUCCUCAUACAGUAAAACUCCCGGUCCAGGAACGUAUGAUCCAACGAGACAGUUACCGAAUCAGCCACCCACAGUUGCCAAAAUGGGUCGCAUGCAUGGCCUUUUCUUCCGUAAUUCAUUUGACUUUUAAAUUGUGAAUCAUAGAACAUAA